UGCAAGCCGUAGUGGCUUGAGGAAACUUGACGAGUCAGUUCUUUCUUAGUAUAAUUCUAUACUUGUCAUACAAAAACGAGAUUGGUUUGUAGGUUAAAUUAGGCUCUGAGCAGCAUGUCUUACGCACAGUGUCCCAAAAAAGCAGGACUGCCAAGAGAAAUCGUCAAGUGGCUGCAGAGCCUCGAAUUGUCUUUUUAUCCGAAGAAUGUGCGCAGAGAUUUUUCCAGUGGUUACCUUGUGGCAGAGAUAUUUUCUCGUUAUUACCCCCAAGACUUUCCAGAGCAUUCAUAUGACAAAGGAACAUCACUUUCUGCCAAGCAGAGGAACUGGAGCCAGAUAGAGCGGUCUUUACAGAAGCAGAAUUUGCACUUGAGGAAGGAGGUUGUUGAUGGAACCAUUCACUGUAAACCAGGAGCAGCUGAGCUGUUGGUGAAGGAGGUUUAUACUAUUCUAACUAACAGGAGUAUCUGGGGUGUUGAGGGCCCAGAAUCAGACUUCACCGACCAAGAGUACCAGGAGCUGCUGCCCACACUGGCCCGCUCCACGGCCUCUAAAGCCAUCAAGAACAACCUGAGGAUAACAGAGAUCAUGGCUAAGCCUGACAUCAGCACAAACCAGAGGAAGGCAGAAGUCAUCCUCCACAGGCACCUGGAGCACAGAGCUGCAGAGAGGGCCCUCAACCCUGAGUUGUGCUCCUCGUCGACAUGGAGUCGAGCUGCUGUUUCCUUUAAGGAGAAAAAAAGUGCAUCAGCCUGUCAGACACUGACAGGUUAACUAUUAAAAAACUGGAUGGAGAUGUGUGCUUUAAUAUUACAAUGUGUGUGUGUCACAUGAUGUAUUGAUACGGUUUCCUCUCUAAUUCAUAUCUUAUUUUUAACUAUCAUGCCAGACAAGUGUAAUCUGUUUUGAAAGGCAGAUUACGUCACUGGUUGUUGCGGUUUAUGUAAUGUUACAGUGUCUCUACCAUCAUGUUUGGACUAUACCUGUUUGAACCAGUAGGUGGCAGCUUGGAGUCAUGAGUAAAGUUCUCAAAUGUUUUUUGAGACUGAAAUCCACUGCUGUAAGUGUACCAUUGACAAAAAGAGGAAAUAAACCAGUGCAUGCAUCAAAUAUUGA